GAUGUGCGAGCCCCGGCCUUAGCGAUGAUGUAGUUGGCCACCAUGAAGGAGUCGUGGAGGAGCGGCGGGAACUGGUCACUCCCGGGGGGCAUGACCUUGCUCGUUCCCACCUGGUCCACGAGCAGAUUAACAACAAGAACACGAAGAGCAUUGAAUCCACGAGUAAAAGGAUGCAACCUCAAGCACACCACAUCAGAGGGUUAUAAGAACAUCAGGGGACGCUUGAGGGACAUCAGUUUGUGGUGGUGGUGGAGGGUGACCUGUCUUGCCCGGCCCGUGUCAGUCAGUCAGUCAGUAAGGCACGGGCAGCGGUGGCGAGAGGAGGCAUUGCACGGCUCGUCCUCUGGCCCCCUCACACGGAUUAUUCACCUCCUCCUCCUCCUCCUUCGUUUUACAUCACCUCCAUUCCUAGUCCAUCCACUCUGCAAUCCACCACCCAUCUCCUCCACCCUUGUCAACUCCCUUCUCCACCCCUUCCUGACCCCUUCUCCUCCCCCACUUCCUCCUCCUCCACCCCUUGACAACCCCUCUUCUGCUCCACCACCCACCUCCUCCACCUCUUAUCAACCCCUUCUCCACGUCACCACUUCCGCCUUCUCCACCCCUGUCAAUCCUUUUCUCCACUCCACCUCCACCUCUUUCACUCUUCUCAACCGCUUCUCCACCCCCCCUCCACCUCCUACACCCCUUGUCAAUCCUUCCUCCCACCACCUGCGCCUCCUCCACCCCUCGCCCAACCCCUUCUCCACUCCAUCUCCGCCUCCUCCACCCCUUCCUUGUCCCGGCCCAACACUUUCACUCUCAAUACCUGUUACCUGUUGACGAUGAAGGGAGCCCCUCGACCACACCUGCUCCUCGCCCUCAUUUGCCUCGCCAGGUAUGUCUCAGGUAAUAACGUCACCAACUCCAGCUCCACCACCACCACCACCACCGCAGCAGCCCAGUCCAGCACCACCACCGCAGCUAAGAACAACACCACAACCACAACCAACAACAACAACGAUAACAAGAAUAUUUCACAAACAUGGGCAGGCUACACGGGGCCGGAGUACCGCAAGGAGAUAUUUCCCCCACAAGCAAAAGGUGUUCCCCUCAAGGUUGGCAUUUCCGUGAUGGUGAGGAACCUGGCGAAGAUUGACGAGGACGAAGGGGUGGUGGUGAUGGAGGUCAACCUGAGAGUCAAGUGGCGGGACACGCGGCUUCGUCCUCCGCCUGAUCUCGCACCCGACCAGUACGUGCCGCUCGACCCCUCCAUCCUGAAGCAGGUGUGGGUGCCCGACUUGUACAUAGACCACAGCCCAAGUGCCAACACCCCGUCAGUGCUCACCCACAUCGCAUCGGUUUGGAUCUACGGAGACACCACCGUCGACUACUCCGGCAACAUGUUCGUGGAGAUGUCGUGUAGGAUGGCGUACGGAUGGUUCCCCCGCGACCACCAGAUCUGCAGCUUCAGGAUGGAGAGCUACGCCUACACGCUGGACAGGAACGUGUAUGUGUGGGUCCCUCCGGGUCUCGAGGUAUCCAGCAACAUUCACAGCGAGCAGUUCCUCAUCCACUUUGAGAAGACAGACCCUUACACCCGCGUCCAAGAUGUCUAUGGCACCUACCCCGCACUGGCCUUCCGCUUGCACAUGACGCGGCGGCUGUCCUACAUGCUCCUUCAGGUGUACCUCCCGUCGGGGCUCUUCGUGGUGGUGUCCUUCGUGUCGCUCCUCGUGCCCGCCGAAGCCAUCCCGGGCCGCAUGACUCUCUGCAUCACCACCAUCCUCACCAUGUCGGCCCUCCUCGGCGUGGCCAUGCAGUCCACGCCGAGUGUAAGCUACGUGAGGGCCAUAGACGUGUGGCUCCUCUCCUGCCUCUCCUUCGUCAGCAUCGUCCUCCUGGAGUUCGGGGCCGUGAUCAAGUUGCGGGAGAUAGAGAACAGUAACCCACCUGCCUCGGAAGCAUCCAAGGUAGUGAAAAUAUCCGUGAAGGGUCCAGAAGACAUCGAAACACUAGCAACCACAGGAGUCCAGGAGGGUCAAACGGUACCACAGGGGCUCAACUCUCAACUCCUCCAGGCGGCACUAACCCAGGGGCAGCGGGAGGAGGAGGAGGAGGAGGAAAAGCAACGAAGAUACGCCUUGAAAGCAGGAUGGGUGUUGAAAAGCCACCCCAAGAUGAAAUUACCGACGGCCAAGCAGGUGGACCGGAUAUCUCUGGUUCUGCUUCCCUCCUGCUUCGUCGUGUUCAACCUGGCGUACUGGGCGUGGUUUUUGACGGGCUCCCAGAUGGCGAUCCCCGACCUGAAGGGAAGUAACGACACGGUGGAGGCGACGUAGGGAAUGUAAAGUGGGGGUUAGCUAAGGGAUUCGAACGGGGUCAUGAACAGAAUGUCUUGAGGUGUAGAUUCUCGUUUUUUAUCGUUUUUUUUUUCUUUUUUUCAUCGUCGUCGUCGUUGUCUUCAUCAUCAUCAUCAUCAUCUUCACCUCCUAGUUUUUGUUGUCCUUGUUCUUUUUUUCCCUCUUGUUAUUGUUCUUCUUGUUCUUAGUCUUUUCUUCUUAGGGGUCAGAAUUGCUUUCGUGGUUUAUGGCUUUCUAAUUAGCUUUUUCUUAGUAUUCAUUUGUUUGUGUGUGUGGCAGAAAUAGCAAGAACACAGUAGUAGUAGUAGUUGUAGCAAUAGUAGUAGUAAUUGUAGUAGUAGUAGUAGUAAUAGUAGUAGUAGUAGCAGUUAUAGGUCACGGUAAUGUUGUUAUACUAGAGCGAUUUUUCAGUCGUAUCAACACCGUGCGGUCAUCAUGUACUAUAUAAAUAAGUCGCUUCUCUCUCUCUCUCUCUCUCUCUCUCUCUCUCUCUCUCUCUCACCAAAUGGCAUUAUUAAGUAUUAAAACGCUCUGAGUGACGACCGAGGGAUGAGCAGCCACAGAACACAAGUAAUAACCAGGUUCCAAGACUCUCCGUAACUCUUUUAUUCUCCCUCAACAACGGUGCUUCUCUACUGACUCCGUCCACACUCGAGACACGAGAUUUAUUUAUUUAUUUACUUACCACCGCGAGGACGUAAAUCUGUCGCUGCGUCUCACGGGACUGAAAGGAAAAUGUCGUUAAGGUUGCCGAGUUGUAUUUAUGGUGUUUUGUUAGCCAGUUGCAUUCGAGUUGGUGUUCACUGAUCAGGGGACAUAUUCUCCAUCCUUUCGGAGCCUCAAGACACAUAUUUGACACAGUUCUCGUAGGAGUUUGGGGCUUUUCCAGGGAUACUUUUAUGACCCUGGUGGUACUUUGAUCCUUCUCUACCAUGCACCUAAAAGAAUAUCCCUUAGAACGCAAUCACUCUCCCUUUUGGCCCUUGAAAAUAGUUUAUGAGAGGCGAAAACGUCUGAGGAUACCGACCCAGCUUCUUAUUUCCGUCAGUCUGAACAUGUAUAAAUGAAUAUUGACGUUUUUUUUAUUGAAGAUUUGCCGGUGUUGGAGAGCUUUUUAUCCCUUCAUGAAUGAGUAAAUAUGCAAGCUGUGUGGGAUAUGAAUUUGAGGAGUGUCAUUUGGAAUUUUUCUCCAUAAAUUUAAAGAAUAGAUUAUUUUUGGCAUGCUACCGACGUUGUUAAUGAGGAAUUGCUUAUAGUGAUGAAGUGAUGUUCCUUUGUGAAUCGUACAAAAAAUAUAGACUGUGUGGAUUACGAUUUAAGGAAUAUUGAUGGAAACUGUCUUCAUAAACUUGCAAGAAUACUUUAUUUUGUGGCAUAACUAUCAAUGUUUAGUGAAGAAUUGCUUGUAAUGAUUUUUUGUUGUUGUUGUUGUUGCGAAUGCGUUAAAGUGCAACUUGUGUGCGUUACGAAAUUUAGGAAUGUAGGAAAACUAACUACUUCAUAAAUUCACAAACAGGUUAUUAUUGCAAGUCUUACCAAGCAUAACCAUCGACGUUUUAGUGAAUGAUUGCGAAUGGUAAAGUUCUGUACCUUUUGUGAAUGCGGAAAUAUGCGGAAAAAUGCUCUGGUUAUCACGAAUUCAAACAAUAUCACUCGAAAGCUUGCUCCGUAAAUUCAAGGGUUUAUUUUCGAUAGUCUCACCACGCAAAAUCUUCUACGUUCUAGUGAAAGGUUGCCAGUAAUAAUUAAAGUUGUGUACCUUUGUGAAUGCGGAAAUAUGCGGAAAAAUGUUCUGGUUAUCACGAAUACAAACAAUAUCACUCGAAAGCUUGCUCCGUAAAUUCAAGGGUUUAUUUUCAAUAGUCUCACCACGCAAAAUCUACGUUCUAGUGAAAGGUUGCCAGUAAUAAAGCUGUGUCCCUUUGUGAAUGCGGGAAAAUACAUGCUUGGGUUACAAUGAUUCUUUUUUUUUACAACAAAGGAGACAGCUCAAGGGCACAAAAAAAGGAAACAAUAAUAAUAAAAAAAAGCCCGCUACUCGCUGCUCGUAAUAAGAAUCUAAAGAGGUGGCCUAAAUAACAUUAUAAAAAGACUUGCUUCAUAAAUUUCCAACGGUAGAUUAUUUUCAGCAGUCUUACCAAGCAUAAUCAUCGACGUUUUAGUGAAAGGUUGUGAGUGAUAAAGUUGUGUCUCUUUGUGAAUGCGGAACAAUACAUGCUUGGGUUGUAAUGCUUCUAAACAAUGCUAUUAAAUUUGCUUCAUAAAUUUACAAGAGCAGUGUUUACGGUUGCCUUAAUAUUAUAUAACCUAACAUAUCAAAACGAAAUAACAUAACAUAACAUAAAGCAAAACAAAACAAUAAGACAAAGUAAUAUUAUAUAACGUAACAUAGCAAAACGAAAUAACAAAACAUAACAUAAAGCAAAACAAAACAAUAAGACACAAAGUAAUAUUAUAUAACGUAACAUAGCAAAACGAAAUAACAUAACAUAACAUAAAGCAAAACAAAACAAGACACCACGUAAUAUUAUAUAACGAAAUAACACGAAUGUCGGUAUUUCAGUGUGGAAUUCCUGGUAAUGGAAGGUAACGUUCCCUUGCGAAUUCAUGAAUCACGUUGACUGUAGUUUUUGUGAGUGUGAACAAUGUGCUCCUGAAACUUGGCAGAUGAAUAAUUCUUCUGAUAUACAAAUACGUCUAUUUUUAGCUGCUAUUAUGUAUUUGAAGACUGUUAUUCGGAAACGUCCAUCAUUCUUUCACAACAGAAGACGAAUAACGAUCAGUAUGUACGGACAGGUCUAUUUUUUAUGUGUAACGACUUAAUGAAUCAAAUAUACUUCAUGAAUGGUUGAUACACACACUUUUUACCUCAGAACCUUAAUUUACAUGAGGGAGAAGCGGACACACAAAGAAGAUAGAAGAUAAAAGAUACAAGAUACAAGAGAAAGAGCAGAAGACGAACCACCGAACUCACGAAACGAAGCAGUAGUUCGAAGCAAUAGAGGAGAUAAGGAAAUAGAAAUAUACGUCGGUAAAUGUAGUAACCUUAUAGUGUAUUAACGUUAUAGAGGCAUAUAUAAAACAUUAAUACUCCCUGCUUAUACAAGGAAGGGAGGUUCACAUAGAGUCAGAGAAAUGCUGUAAGUUAGGAAAUGGAGAUCAAGAGAAUGUGAAGGACCAACACAACAACCAGUGACGUAACAUGAGGGGGAGGAUAUACGGAACGAAGCAGCACCGAACCAGCGAAAUGAAGCACGCGAGGAAGACAAAGACACAUUUAAAUAUUCCAUAAUAAUGUGUGAGGGAUUUAAAUCAUAGAGAACAGCUGUAGAAUAACGAAGAAAAAUAAUUAAGCAUCGAGGAAGACUAAAAGGACAGAACACACCAGGGAAAAGAUGAUAGGGAAGAAACAAAAGGUGAACCCCCGAAUUAAGGAAACGAUACAGUACUUCAAAGCAAUAGAGAAGAUAGAGGAAGAUAGUAGAACAUAGAAGGAAAUAAUAAAAAGAAGAGGUGAGCACACGAAUAAGAUAGAAGAUAGAUGAUGAAAGAUACAUGUACAAGAUAUAAAAGAAAGAGCAGGAGAAGACGAACCACGGAAGCUACGAAGCGAUUCAAUACUUAAAAGCGAUAAAGAAGAAAGGAAAAAAUACAAGAUCGAAUAAAAGAACAAAGAACAAGACGAGCCACAGACCCGGAAGAAAACAAAAGAACAUAGACGAUAUAAGAAGACAGAAGAUAGAAGAAAAGAACAAGAAUAGGCGAUUCGAUACCUCAAAGCGAUAAAAAAGAAAGGAGAAAAUAGAUCAAAUAAAAGAACAAAGAGAAGGCGAUCGAACGAACCCACGAACCUAAGCAACGAUUCAAUCCUUCAAAGCGAUGGAAAAGAUACAAGAAAAUAGAAGACGGAAACUAGACAAGAAAAUGAAUCAGAAGAAGAACCAAAUCCCCAAGUAAGAUAAAAGAAGAAAGAACAAAAGAACAAAAGAACGAGAAGACCCAAACCACCGAACCUACAGAGCGAAUCACCCUUUCGAAGCAAUACAGGUCACAAGAAGAGGAGGAAGAUCAUGGCGGCAAGGCAGGCAAGAAGGUAGUUGGUUAUUUGUCUCUCAGUGUCCGUUGAGGCUACCCAGGGCCCCUCGUGCAUCCUUCCCGAGGGCGGCAGGGUGAGGGGGAGGCCGUGGCAGGGGCAGGAGGCGGCGUGGACAGCAGAAAUGGACGGAUAUGAGAAAGUUUUAACGGCGGGAAGCAACAGGUGGACUCGGAUCAAUGGACCCGUGAGCCCCAAGGGUGAGGCAAGACAAGUGUGCAGUGCAGGGCCACCAGUGACAGGCUCCACACACUGGCACUACUCCGGGGAGUCUCAGGUAGAGCUGCAUCCCUGGCAGGGACGCAGGGUAGGCAAGGACGCUGCUGCUUGGCUGUUUGCAGGCAGGAUGUUGGACGUCUCCGCCGCCCAACACUCUGGCAUAAGUUCAGAAUAUAUUCAUAUUUCUUGAUUUAGCUCAUGUUACACAAGAUAGACAAUAUUUGUUUACAUCUUUGAAUUAAACAAUUCUUGUAAAACUAUAACAAUUUUCAAAACUGGAUAGGAUUAAAAAAGUAAUUACUGAGUAUAUACUGUGUAUAAGAGAUGUGAAUACCACUUUUUACAAAUCCUUUCUUCUCUUGUAUUUCACUCUACCUAAAACCUAAAAAUAUUGUUAUAUUUAGGAGAAUUUUAUGUAAGAGAACAAAGGUUCCAUUAAUUUCUUAAAGGCUUGAAAUAUUAAUAAGAAGUAAAAAGUGGUAUACACAGGAAUGUUAUUUUCUGAAUUAUACUUACCAAAAUUAUCUUUUUUACUAUUUAGUUUUGAAAAUCACAUUACAGUUGUACAAUCACUGCUUAAUUGAAUAUGAACAAAACUUGCUAUCUUGUGUAACAGGUGAGCUAGGUAAAGCAAUGUACAUAAUUUCUGAACCUGUGCCAGCGUGUCAGGCGGCGGAGACGUCAACACCCUGCCAAGAGCUGGGGAGUCUGAGGUGAAUGAACUACAGCUUCCUGUAACCCAUCUAGCGGUACUAUUACACUGUCAUUGAAAGUUACAAAUUGUAAUUAUUUAAGUCCUGUCACCCGUCUAGUCAUUUUGCACUGGAAUCAAGUUGGCAUAGUGCUAAGUUGUUGAGGGCUCAGGUAAUGCUACUAUAAUCUCAGCACCCAAGUCCGAGGUGUGCGUUAUCACGCUUUGGCAACCUUCUGUUACACAGUGUGUUUGAUUUUGUGGAUCAUAUGUGCUGGCCUAGGCAUAAGAAAUAGUUGUUUCAAUGAUAUGCAAGCAGCAAUGACAAAUACUGUCAAUUAUAAUCAAUAUUUAGUUUCAUAUUAUUAUUAUGUAGCAGACAGCUGUUUUGAUAUAUAAUCCUCCAGAUGGAGGGCAUCACCGCCAGGGAUAUUUAAUAACUAUAAUCAGCGACCUUAUAUAUUAACAAAAUGGCUGUCUGUGAUAUAAUUAAUGAAACUAAAAACUGACUAAUUGAUGAUGUUCGUCACUGCUGCCUGCGUAUUAUUAUUGAUUGUUAUUUGUAGUGGAGGCAAGUUCAGUCAUAGUGGCCAGUUAUAGAAGGCCCAGGUCUAUUUGUAUAUAUUCUUUCAUCCAUGUAUCCAUCUGUCCAUCUAUCUAGAUUGAUAUAUUCUGAUCUCCCCUGACCACUGCAUCAUUACAGCCACACAACACUCCCCUCCCUUCUUUCUCCCAAGUAUAACAAGCUUCAGCAUAAAUAGACCACUUAUUUACAGCAAUUUUCUGAAGAUGACAAGCCACAUAAAAGAGCUACCAGCCUGUCUUGUGGCGGACUAUAGUCUGGCUCGGCUAAACGUGCGGUGAAUUCAACCCACACCCAGCCACACCCGCAGGUUUAGUUGAGCCAGACUAUAAUAACAGUAUGAUGUAUAGAUACACACCACUGGACUGAAGAGGUUAGGCAAAACUAGUUGAGAAUACCUUGAUACAUAAUUGCUUCCUUUCUCCUCCAACUUGUCAAAAAUACUAAUACACUUUUGACAAGCUGCAAAUGUGUAUUGAGGCGAGUGUGUUCCCAACUAAUUUUACUUAACCUCUUCAAUCCGGUGACAUAUCAUACUAUAAUUAGUCUACCAUAAAAGAAAAUGGGCUUGAAGCUGUUUUCUGUGCUUCAUCAUCUUCAGAAUAUCAUUGUGAAUAAGUAAUCUAUACAUGCUGAACCCUGCUACAUUUAGGAGACGGAGGGGAGGAGGGUGUUGUGUGGCUCUGAGCAUACGGAGGGGAGGAGGGUGUUGUGUGGCUCUGAGCAUGAUGCAAUGGAGACAGGAAUCUAUCUAUCAAUCUAGAUGGAUACAAGAGAUUGAGAGAAAUUAUCUACUUCAGAUGACUUAAGGUGAUAUGGGCAUCUUCCUGCUCC